CCUCUGUCCAGUCGUCGGGUUCGUCCAUUUUGACACCAUGGACACAGCCCUCGCCAUCCCAGAGCUCCUGGAAGCCAUACUGCUACACCUGGACACGCGCACUCUGCUCGUGGCGGCCCAGCGCACAAGCACAACAUGGCACAGCCUCAUCAAGACCUCCCCUGGCCUACAAAAGGCUCUGUUUCUCCAGCCCGACGCCUCGAUACCACCCUCAGCACCGCUCUUCAACCAGCUCCUCGUCGACACAUUCCCCUUCUGCUUCCAGCAGCUCCACAACCAGCACAAACACCAGCACAAGCAUCAGCAGCCUGACCUGCCGCUACAACAACCCAUUUCCAGAAGCAAGGACGCCUCGGCUCUAAACGCGACCCCAUUCCCUGCGUCGCCGCACAUUACUUCCCGCAAGCAUGCGUUUGCCAGGCCAGAAGCGUCCUGGCGGCGGAUGCUCAUCCAGCAACCGCCCCUGCGCAGCUAUGGCGUCGUCAUGACGGCCUGUGUCCCGUCCUCGACGACACGAGCCCCCGGCACGCGGGGGGAGACGGCAGACCCAUCACCAGACGAUGGGGCCGCUUCACCACCACCACCACCAAGGGGCCGCCACUACCAGGCGCAGGAGAUCUUGCUCAUGCCCAGCCCGACACUGAGCUCGCAACAGCAACGUGAAGACGAAGACGACGACGCAUCCGUGAUAAUAUCCAUGCCCUUCCUGCUCGAGAAGUGCCUCACGGCGCCGCAGCAGCCUGCGAGGGGCAGCGGCGGCGGCGACGACGACGACCAGGAUGUACCAAUUUCUGGGUUCCGAGUGUUCUGGAACGCCGGCGGCAGCGGCAAGGACACCGUGGAGGCGGCGGCGGCGGCGGCGGCGGCAGCGGCAGCGACAGCGACGGCAUCAUUUCCGGGAGAAGAGCGCGAGCAGGUCCGGAGCGCGGUCACGUACCAGGCCCAGCAGCACAGGAUGGUGCUCAACGCGGUGAUCGGGUUGGCCAAGUUGAGCCCGCCUGACGCGGAGCUGCGGCGCGUCCGGGAUGUAUUGCUUGAUGGGGAUUACGAGAUCCUCGGCGGUAAACCGUGCACGCUGGAAGGGGCGGCGGGGAGCUGUGCUUCCCACUCGAACACGCAUGACGAGUGUUCCGACGUCGAGAUUUGA